AUGCUGAUCGGGCUCGGCUCUCUCCUCCACCGCUCACCGCUGCUCGCCAGGAUGGUCCUUGCCCUGCUCAGACGCGAGUCGCUCGACUGGGCGACCGACUGCCCGCUCACGACCCUCGUCCUCGCCCUCGUCGGCGCGGGAUGGCUCGGGAGCUACGUCCUCAGCUUUGCCAGGAUGCUCGUCGACCUCGCCCGCCCCGGCAUCCCUCUCAAGCGUUUCGGCGCCAACAAGGGCGCAUGGGCCGCACGAACUGACUCGUGUCCCGCAGUCGUGACGGGCGCAACCGCCGGCAUCGGCCGCGACUUUGCCCUGCAGCUCGCCGGCGCCGGCUUCAACGUCUUCCUCGCGAGCCGCACCACCAGCAAGCUCGACGAGAUUGCGCAGGAGAUCACCGCCAAGUACCCGUCGGUCAAGACGCAGGUCCACGCCAUCGACUUCUCGGACGCCAAGGCCGACUAUGCCGCGCUCAAGACGGCCCUCGACCCGCUCGAUGUCGGUGUCCUCGUCAACAACGUCGGCAAGAGCUACGACGAGCCGACUUUCUUCCAGGACCUCCCUGACCAGGACAUGAUCGACAUCGUCGAAAUCAACGUCAACGCCGCGCUCAAGGUGACCAAGAUCGUCGUGCCUGGCAUGGUCUCGCGCAAGCGUGGCCUGAUCCUCAACGUCGGCUCGUUCGCGUCGCUCAUCCCGUCGCCGCUCCUCGCCGUCUACUCGGGCAGCAAGGCGUUCCUCUCGACUUGGUCGCAGGCGCUCGGCAGCGAGCUCAAGGGCACCGGCGUCGAGGUCGAGCUCCUCAACACGUACUUUGUCGUCUCGAAGCUCAGCAAGAUCCGCCGCAGCUCGUGGAUGAUCCCGACGCCCAAGACCUAUGUCCGUUCGGUCCUCUCGCACAUCGGCGUCCAGGGCGGCGCCGUCGGCCAGCCGCACAUCUCGACGCCCUACCACGGUCACGCUCCUGUCCAGUGGGUCGUCGACCACUUCAUGUCGGCCGGCUUCUGGCUCAACUACAACCGCAAGCUGCACCUCGACAUCCGCCGUCGUGCCCUGCGCAAGCGCGAGCGCGAGGCGGCCAAGGCGGUCAAGGCCGAGUAG